AUGACGAGCCCCAAACCUUCACAUAUUCGAGCUCACUCGUCUCCGUCCCUGAAGGUCAAACUAGGCGAGUUGUACAGCGAGAACAUUACGGCCAAGAUACUGCGAAGUGCUGUUAACUGUCUCGAGAAUAAUGUAAACUCCUCUCUUACAGCAUAUCCGGAGUAUGUUCCUCAGGUUGGAACUGAUGCUGGAAAGUACCUCUGCCGUGAGGCAUCCUUCUGGACGUGUGGCUUCUUCCCAGGCAGCAUAUAUGCUUUGUUGGAACGUCAUAUCAAGUAUCCACAGGUCGCUGCCGGUGGGACUAGCAAGGCAGUGGUGGCUGAGAAACUCAAGAAGUUCGGCGCAAUCUGGUCCGGUCCUCUGCAUGCAAUGUCGUUUCGAACCGAUACACAUGAUAUGGCGUUCAUGAUCCAGCCGUCGAUGAGACGCCGAUGGGAGCUGUAUGGAGACACCUCUGCAUUCGACUCAAUUAUCACUGCGGCCAGAAGUCUCUUCGUUCGAUAUGACCCGACGGUCGGCGCUAUUAGGUCUUGGGAUGCGUUGACACAAGAUAACGUACACAUCGUAACGAUGAAUAAUGACUUUCUCGUCAUCAUCGACUCGAUGUGUAAUCUCGACCUCCUGUACUAUGCAGCGGCUCAGACUGGUCAAGAAAAGCUAGCCAACGCUGCCACGCAGCAUGCUCGUGUUUUAUUGCACAAUCAUCUACGACACGAGAAGGGACAAUACGCGCAACGUAAAGGUUACGAUGGGCCACUAUUUAGCACCUACCACGUAGCAAACUUCUCUCCCAUCACAGGGGAACUGAAAGAGCUGCGCACAGCUCAAGGUCAUGACAGAGACUCAACAUGGGCCCGAGGGCAAGCCUGGAGUAUUCUUGGAUAUUCUCAAUCCUUUGUCUGGAGUGGUGAGAUUGAGUUCUUAGAGGCCGCGUGUGGCUUAGCAGAGUAUUUCCUGCUGCGACUAGAAAUGUCUCCAGCUUGCGUCGAAAGAAAACGCACUACCGUCGAUGGUUCAAUCCAUGGCAGUCAAGCCAACCAAUGCGGUCGUUAUGUACCGCUAUGGGAUUUCGAUGCACCAGUGGAUGAAGCUGCUCCACUGCGCGACUCUUCGGCAGGUAUCAUUGCUGCUAACGGCUUGUUGAUUCUGUCACAGGCUUUAGCAGGUCGAGGACAGCAUGAACUUAGCCAACGAUACUUGGAAGCAGCUGUAACCAUUGUGGACGAUACUUUGAUCUUCUCCUUGGCAGAGGAGAAAGCGACGUUGAAAGUGAAUGGCGACGAGGUCAUAGUUUCGGAUACACAUAAGGGCAACAGAUUCGACGCUGUCUUGAAAAACGCUACCGCCAACCAUAAUGCCCGUGAUCAUUGCAGAUAUUGGGACCAUGGUUUAGUGUAUGGUGACUACUAUCUUAUUGAGUUUGGAAAUCGAUUGCUUCAGAUGGGCCUUGCGUAG